AGUUGUGGUUUAGAAUUUGUGCAAUAGGGAUUCCCGAAAAUUGUACAUGUUUUUAUAUGACAGCUGAACCACCCGCAGCAUGAUAGUGCCAGAGUCAAGGCUGUAUAUUGAGGGAUCCUAUUUAAUAUUGCAGUUUACAGAUAAGAUCGGUGCUUGACAAAUUUUAAAAGUCGCUUUACUUGUCCCUGAAAGCUGCAUGGACGGAUAAGCGUUCAAACUGCAAUCGUUAAGUAUAAAAGCUAGGUCAAAUCAAUUUGGAAAUCAUAUCUCGACGAGUCGAGAAAGUAGCUACACGGACAACACUCGUUUAAAGUUAUUUUUGGGCAAUAAUGGCAUCAGGAAGUCAAAAGUUACUUGCAUUGCUGCAGCGUCCUUUGGAGCCCACUUUCUAUCCAAAGGAUGACGGCAAGACACUGAUUGAUCUUCCGGAAAACUAUCUCACCGAUCGUUAUCGCCCGAUUGGAGAAAACCUACAGAGUAGAUUCAGUGACGAUGCAGAGACCCGUAUUCCCGUCCGAAAUGUUGGAAUUCCGAGUAUCGCUUUCGCCGAAGCCAUUCCACGCCGAGGUGGAUUUUCUCUGUUCAACGAAAAGCAUCGCAAGAUUGCUGGAGAUCUGAUUGCACUGUUCCUGAACCAGCCGGAUGUAGACACACUAAUGGCUGUGGGUUCGUAUGCACGUGAUCGUCUGAACCCCAUGUUGUUCCAGUACGCUAUGUCGGUGGCCAUCCAAAGCAGACCAGAUACGAAGGACGUUAACAUUCCGUCGCUGUUGCAAUUGUUCCCGGACUCGUUCGUAGAUCCAACAACAUUCCCGAAGGCCCGAGAAGAAGGAUCAGUGGUGCAACAGGUGGACAGAAUGGUUGUCAACAUUGAAAUGAACUUCACUGCCUCGGAUCGCGAAGAGGAACAGCGUCUGGCCUUCUUCCGUGAAGACAUCGGAGUCAAUCUCCAUCAUUGGCAUUGGCAUUUGGUAUAUCCAGGAGAUGGACCCGAUCAGGUUGUUCGCAAGGAUCGUCGCGGAGAGCUAUUCUACUACAUGCACCAACAGCUGAUUGCGCGCUAUAAUGUGGAACGUUUCUGUGCGCGGUUAGGUCGAGUUAGACCUUUGACUAAUCUGCGUGUCCCACUCCCUGAAGGAUACUUCCCGAAGAUUAUCAGGAGUGUUAAUAACCGAGCCUUCCCGCCGCGUCCUCAGAAUCAGGUUUUAACCGAUAUUAAUAGAGUAGACGAUGACGUGAUCUUCACCGUUACCGAUUUGGAGAACUGGGAGAAACGUAUUGCAGACAGCAUUGAUGCUGGAUUUGUCAUGGGGGCGAAUGGUCAACGUAUUCCGUUGACGGAAGAAACCGGUACCGAUAUAUUAGGAAACAUUAUGGAGCCAUCCUCACUUUCCGUCAACCGUCAAUACUAUGGAAGCUACCACGGCAAUCUACACAACAUCAUUGCUUACAGUCACGAUCCUGAGGGUCGCUUCUUGGAAGGGUACGGAGUUGUUGGAGAGUUCCAAACAGCGAUGAGAGAUCCCACCUUCUAUCGUCUGCACGCUCAAGUUGAUAACAUGUUCCAUCGUUACAAAAAUACUCUACAACCAUAUCCGGCGAACCAGCUCAACUAUAACGGUGUUCAGAUUCAAUCUCUUGGAGUUCAGUUGAAUCGUGCUAAUGCCCCGCCGAAUGUAUUACUGACCUACUGGCAACGUUCGCAAAUUGAUCUAGCAACUGGAAUGGACUUCGGUCCACAAGGAAACGUAUUUGCGUCGUUUACACAUCUGCAGCACGCUCCGUUCACUUUCCGUCUAACGGUCAACAAUACUGGGGCCAGACGUCGAGGAACUUGCCGAAUCUUCAUUGGUCCAAAGACAGAUGAACGCAACAUAGCGCUUACCUAUCAGGAACAACGUAUUCUCAUGAUUGAGCUAGAUAAAUGGACUGUUACAUUAAACCCUGGUACCAAUUCUAUUGUCCGUCGUUCAGAGCAAUCCAGUGUGACCAUCCCAUACGAGAGAACCUUCCGUUCAGCGGCACCUUCUAAUCAAUCCGGCACCGAAGUUUACCGUUUCUGUAACUGUGGAUGGCCAUCUCACUUGUUGAUUCCCAAGGGUACACCAGAGGGAAUGUCGUUCGAUCUGUUUGCGAUGAUUUCCGACUUCACUAACGAUACUGUAAACCAGGAAUUCGAUGAAAACGUUGACUGCAAUGAUUCACAUUCGUUCUGUGGCCUUCGGGAUCGUCUGUAUCCUGAUCGUCGUCCAAUGGGUUAUCCAUUCGAUCGUCGUGCUCCCAACGCUACUCGCACCUUGCAGGACUUUGUACGGCCGAACAGCAACAUGGCUCUCACGAAUGUGCAGGUCCGCUUUACUAAUACAGUCAUAGCCCGAACGUAGUUUGGUUGUACAACAUUGAUGUCGUGAACAAUGGAAAAGGAUACUUUACAAAUGAAUCGAAUUUUAGUUUAUAAUUGCAAAUCUAAACGAAAUAAAUAUGAUUAACAAUAAAUUUUACUUAUUUCAAAUUA